AUUUCUUUCUCAGUUUGUUUCCAAGUUAGACCUCGUGCCCACGCUGAAGAGAGGCUGCUCCAGGAUCUGUUUGUACAUUACAAUAAGCUCUCCAGGCCUGUGGAAAACACUUCAGACACAGUGAUGGUCCACUUUGGCCUUUCCAUUGCCCAGCUUAUUGAUGUGGACGAGAAGAACCAGAUGAUGACGACAAAUGUCUGGGUCAAGCAAGAAUGGAAUGAUUACAAGCUGCGCUGGAACCCGGAGGAAUACGAGAAUGUCACCUCCAUCCGUAUCCCCUCAGAGAUCAUCUGGAGGCCAGACAUUGUCCUCUACAACAAUGCGGACGGCGACUUUGCAGUGACCCACCUCACGAAAGCGCAUCUGUUCCAUGAUGGUCGGAUAAAGUGGAUGCCACCAGCAAUCUAUAAGUCUUCAUGCAGCAUCGAUGUUACUUUCUUUCCUUUCGACCAGCAAAGCUGCAAGAUGAAGUUCGGCUCGUGGACGUACGACCGCGCCAAGAUCGAUCUGAUCAACAUGGAUAGCGAUGUGGACCAGAUGGACUACUGGGAGAGCGGCGAGUGGGUCAUCAUUAAUGCAGUGGGCAAGUACAAUACCAAAAAGUACGAGUGCUGCACAGAGAUCUAUGCCGACAUCACUUACUAUUUCAUCAUCCGGAGGCUUCCGCUGUUCUACACUAUAAACCUCAUCAUCCCUUGUCUGCUCAUCUCCUGUUUGACUGUGCUGGUGUUUUAUUUGCCGUCGCAAUGUGGAGAGAAGAUUACUUUGUGUAUCUCAGUGUUACUGUCUCUCACAGUGUUCCUCCUGCUGAUCACUGAGAUUAUACCGUCUACGUCACUGGUGAUUCCACUGAUCGGUGAAUACCUGCUGUUCACCAUGGUCUUCGUCACGCUCUCCAUCGUAAUUACAGUCUUUGUGUUAAAUGUACAUCACCGCUCGCCACAAACCCAUAGCAUGCCUCAGUGGGUGCGGAGAGUGUUCCUGGACUUUGUGCCUCGUGUCCUCUUCAUGAAGCGUCCCCCUGGCACAGCGAAGCAGAACUGCAAGAAGCUUAUCGAGAUGAUGCACCGUCCAACAACGGUAUCUGCAACGGGCAACUCGCUGGCCUUUUGGUCCGGGUUAGAGACAGGAUUGAGACAAAUGGGACAGAUAGAGAAUACACUGCCAAAGACUCCACCCGAAAGUCCAAGCAUCCUUGUGUGCUCCCCUUCUCCGCAUUCUUCUCCACCUGAGGGCCAUACCGAGGAGGAUCACCCACUGAAGGGCAACAUUUUCUGCCAGUCCACAUCAAGCCAAUAUUCAGUUCUCUCAGACAAACAACUCCUACGUGGACACAGCUCCACAGGCUUGUCUUCUUCCCAGUUAUCCUUGCCACCAUCUUUACCACUAGGCCCACUUCACAGCCUAUACAGUCGAGAACUGAAUACACUGGCUCCAAACGGCCGCUCUGUCAGCGCAGAAGAAAUGUGUAACCAGCAGACGGAGCUUACUCAGCGAGCUGGACAUCACUGUCGCUCCUGCAGCUUCCAGUACUGCUGUCUGCAUGAUGAAGGGUCAGGGGUCAUCCGGUUCACGGGGCGGGUGAAGAAACAAGCCCCAACAGAUCACCACAGAUCACAAACUCUCACAGCAGAGUUCACUAAGGAUGCCAGCACCCAACAGAACACCAAAGUUCCAGCUAUUUCCCCAGCUAUGCAACGGGCCAUAGAGGGAGUUCAGUACAUCGCUGAUCAUCUCAGGGCGGAGGAUGCAGACUUUUCAGUGAAGGAGGACUGGAAGUAUGUGGCCAUGGUCAUUGACAGGAUAUUCCUCUGGAUGUUUGUACUGGUGUGCAUACUGGGAUCUGUGGGACUCUUUCUUCCUCCUUGGCUGGCCGGAAUGAUCUAG